CCCCAUCCCUCGACCCCAUCAUCUUCAACAUUGCGAACCCACCCAAUCCCGCCCACGCUCAUCCCUCUUCCUGCAAGUCACGCUCCGCCUGCGAUGCAAAGCAGAGCAAGGCAAAAGCAAAAAGGCCCGCCCAAUCCCGGGGUACGCCGCUCCAAAGGAGCCUCCAAGACAAGACCUAGCCCCGCGCAGAUCCGAUCUGAGUCUUCACCCCAUCAUGUGCAGCUGUCAUGCGACCUUGAACCUGGCGCUCAUCUUCAAGCCCCGAUGGUAAAGAAGAAAAUAAGAAAAAGAAAAAACAGCAUAGGUCGACUAUCCACCAUCAUACGACUAACUACACCUAAUUUUGUCUAUGUCGGAAUUCAUCGUAGAUUACACAUUCUUGUCCACAAUUUUUUUUCUUUUUCUUUCUCUGACAAUGGCGUCGGGUUCGGCCGGUGGCAACAACCGGUAUGUCCGGCCAGCCUCAGAAACAGCAUUCAUUCAUUGAGUCAACAAACAACAAACCAACAAACAAACAAACAACAAACAAACAAAUCCAAGGGAUGGAGAGAGUUCUCCCAAGUGCAUCCUACAGGGACGGCUCGUCCAUCCUAGCGUUGUCCCGUCCUUUCCCUUCCCAAGUCCCCUUCGUCCCUCCGUCACUCCGUCCCUGGAUCGCUUUAUCGCUUUAUCGCUUUAUCGCUUUCCCUUUAAGCACUAACUUAUCCCUCUCCAAGUUUCGCUCUCCCUCUGCCAUCCGCUGAGUGCCCUCUCUCUAUUUCUCGCUCGCCCUUCUGCAGUAGUGUGUCGCCAUGGCCUAACUUAAUUCUCUGCGACGACCUGAGUCAUGGAU